AUGGAUAUGAACCACUUAAUAGGUCAGCGUUUCAACCUGAUCUCUAAGAGUGACAUUCGCUAUGUUGGCACACUCCAUGAAAUUAAUCCAGAGGCAUCUACAAUCGCCCUGGAAAAUGUCAUGUCCUAUGGUACCGAGGGCCGUCGAGGGAAUGGGAACGACCUUCCACCGUCGAGCAACGUUUACGAGUACAUCGUAUUCCGAGGCAGUGACGUGAAGGACAUUAGUGUCGCGGAAGAGGAGAAGACAGAGACUGCACAGCCUGAACCUCCUCGCGUCCCCGAUGACCCCGCAAUUCUAGAAAACAUGUCGCGACCGGGUCCUCAGCCUGGCGCACCUGGCCUUCCCCAAGGCACACCUCAACAGUCACAGGGUGCCCAGCCAAUGCCUCAGUACCCGCCGCCUUACCAGGGACAGUUCCCCCCAUACGGACAACGCUUUGGUCCCCAAUUCCCUCCGGGUCCGAAUGGGCUUCCUGAUGACCGUUUCCCACCUUACGGUGCCCCUCCUGGAUGGUUCCCUCCUCCUGGCCAUGGUUUCCCUCCGGGACCUGGUCAUUUCCCUCCCAAUAUGCCUAUGGGUCCUCCUGGUCAGCAGAUGCCACCUCAGCAGCGUCCCGGCCCCCCUGGAAUGCCGCCUCAGGCCACCUCGGAACUACCCGUUGGUGACAAGGUGAACAGCAAACCUGCUACUCCCGCUGCUCAACAAGCCCCAACUCCUCCAGUUGAGUCUAAGCCUUCCGUGGCUGAAGCUGUGCACGGAAUGACUGGCCCUACUGCGGUGCCCGUCAGUGCCCAGAAGAGCGCUCGGGUUAUGCCGGCCAUUCCCAUCGCUGCUCCCAGGCCUGCUGCCGCUACCCAAGGAAAUACCUCAAUCACAGAUGCCACAGCCGCUGCUACUGCUGCCGUUGCCGCCGCGAUGGCCAAGCUACCUCAGCCAGGUGUUCAAAGAAAGCCUGGACAGGUCGAUGGCGCUGAUGACGGGCUUGCUCGUCAGAUGAACGACAUGCGGCCGUAUGAUAGUGGCCGUGUUCCCCGUGGUGGUCACCACCACCGCGGUGCCCGUGGCGGAGCUCCUCGUACUCAGCAUAAGAAGAUCGAGGUACCUGAGUCAGACUACGACUUUGAGACCGCAAAUGCGAAGUUCAACAAGCAAGACAUGGUUAAGGAAGCCAUUGCUACUGGAGCUCCUGCUGCUGAGGCCGAGUCUCACGCAAACAUUGGGGCGGAAGCUGCUGGUGAAAGUAUAUCCGCUGUCGCUCCUGCUGCCUCUACAGCCUCCCUUUACAACCGCACCUCCUCUUUCUUCGAUAACAUCUCCAGCGAAGCGCGUGACCGCGAGGACAAUUCUGCUACCCGUCCGGGCGGUCGUGAAUGGCGUGGUCAAGAAGAGAUCCGAAACAUCGAGACUUUCGGUCAAGGCAGUGUUGAUGGUUACCGUGGUCGAGGCCGUGGCCGAGGCUAUGGUCGUGGUCGCGGCUAUGGUCGUGGUCGCGGCUAUGGUGGCCGCGGCCGUGGUGGCGGACGUCCCUCGUCUCAGUCCACCGGUGUCCCCUCCUUGGGCUAA